CUGGCUGACUGCUCUCAUAACAGAAGCAGCGAGUGGUCGCGUGUUGGUGUGGUUGGGGAAAUAUAUGUGGUUUUUACCCCCCUCUCCCCGUAGUUACUGUCAGGGUAGUAGAGGUUCAGCAGGGAGGGAGUUGGGCGAAGUUGUGCGCAGGGGUUAUGGAGUUUGAAGAGUCGGGCAUCGGUGAGGAGUGCGGCGUGUUCGGUUGUGUGGCGGCCGGCACGUGGCCGACCCAUCUGAACGUCCCGCACGUUAUCGCCUUGGGUCUGGUAGCGCUGCAGCACAGAGGUCAGGAAAGUGCUGGAAUUGUGACAAGUAAUGGGAGUUCCUCACCAUCAUAUAUGACACACAAGGGAAUGGGCCUCGUAAGCAAUAACUUUCAUGAAGAACAGAUAAAAAAGCUUCGCAGUGGAAAUCUGGGUAUAGGACAUACGCGAUAUUCUACAUCGGGUAUUUCCGAGUUACAGAACUGUCAGCCAUUCGUGGUGGAAACACUUCAUGGAAAGAUUGCUUUAGCUCACAAUGGAGAAUUGAUCAAUGCAAAACAAUUAAAAAUGAAGGUAUUACGUCAUGGGGUUGGCUUAUCAACCAGUUCUGACAGUGAACUUAUUACACAACUUCUGGCUCUGACACCUCCAAAAGAAGAAGCUGAUACACCAGACUGGGUGGCCAGGAUUAGAAAUUUGAUGACGGCAACAUCUACCUCUUACUCAAUACUGCUUAUGUAUAAGGAUGUAAUCUAUGCUGUCCGUGACCCUUAUGGAAAUCGUCCCUUGUGCAUUGGCUGCCUUGUACCAGUUUCUGAACUGCGAAGUUCAGGAAAACCAGACAUUGAAAUGCAUCCUGAAGGAUGGGUGGUUUCUUCUGAAUCAUGUAGUUUCCAAUCUAUUGGAGCUAGGUAUUUCCGUGAAAUAUUACCAGGAGAAAUAGUACAGAUUUCUAGGGAUGGAAUCCAGACACUUGAUGUUGUACCAAGAGCUCGGGGAGAUCCACCUGCAUUCUGUAUCUUUGAGUAUGUCUAUUUUGCCAGACCUGACUCCAUAUUUGAAGGGCAGAUGGUAUAUACAGUCAGGCAGCGAUGUGGGCGGCAACUUGCUAUUGAGGCACCUGUAGAUGCAGAUUUAGUGAGCACCGUUCCAGAAUCCGCAACUCCAGCAGCACUUGGUUAUGCACAGGAGGCCGGACUACCAUAUGUUGAAGUACUAUGCAAAAAUCGUUAUGUGGGCAGAACAUUCAUUCAGCCAAAUACAAGACUGAGGCAACUAGGAGUAGCACAAAAAUUUGGAGCCCUGAGUGAUAAUUUUGCUGGAAAACGGAUUGUGUUAAUAGAUGAUUCAAUUGUGCGUGGAAAUACAAUUUCUCCAAUUAUUAAACUCCUGAAGGAAGCUGGUGCCAAAGAGGUACACAUUCGUGUGGCUUCACCUCCAAUAAGAUUCCCUUGUUAUAUGGGUAUUAACAUUCCAACAAAAGAAGAAUUGAUUGCCAACAAACCAGAAUUUGAAGACCUUGCAGGAUAUAUAGGUGCAUCUAGUGUGAUUUAUCUUUCUGUUGAUGGAUUGAUAUCUGCUGUACAAGAGGGAAUUAAGAGGCAAACAAAUUCCAUACUAUAUGAUACUGAAAAUGACAAAACAUCAGUGAGACAAAUAGGUCAUUGUACAGCUUGUCUCACAGGAAAAUAUCCUGUGGAGCUUGAAUGGUGAAUUUGCAUUAAUUAUGCCCCUGUUGUUAUUCAGGUUUAUUUUUGUCAGUAUGUCACCAUCCAGUCAUUCUUCUUGAAGGUGCCAGAAUUUAGUUCUCCUUGCACAAAUCCAUGUCCUCUAUUACAUUUUCUUUGCACCUCUAUGGAACUGUUGAAGACUGUAUCACUUGACUGUAAACAUUCCAAGGAUCGUCUUAUGAAGUGCAUUUAUUAGAAAUCAUUUGAUAUCAGAGAAAUACAUCUUCAGAUAUUGACUACAAUAUUUUGGAAAUUCUGACAUAAACUUAUUGUGGAGAAACACCAGACUGUAAGAGUUUAGAAUACCCUUGGAAAAUGAACAUAUUUUAAAAUUUCUUCAUUGGUUUGUUUCUUUUUUUAAGAUGGCUAAAUUUUGCAAUGUUGCUUCUUGUCUCAUAUGUAACAGAGGCACAGGGUUUUGUAAAUGCCACCAGAUCAAAGAGAUAGUAAAGUUGGGUGAAGAGACUUGUUUAAGAUUUUUUUAAAUUUUAGCUAUAUAAGACUUCAUUUGAGUUAAGCCUUUGACUGUCCAUAGGCUCUUAAACUGGCUGCUCAACAAUUCAUUAGCUAAUUAAAUUGCCAAAGGCUGUGUACAUCGUUGAACACAAAAGUAGUUUACUUUGUACAACUGGAUGGCCUUUAGAUAUCAAAUGUGCCUUUUAUUCCUAAUUACAAGUAUUUCAUUUAUAUGGUGAAGCUUUCAAUCCCCGUAUCUUUGAUUUUAGAAUAUCAAUUAUCAACCAUUGUACAUUAUGAAUGUGUUGUUAUUUUCAUCUUGUAUAAAAACUUGUAUGAAAAAUGUAGAUAGUAGGCUCAAUAUAUCUCAUAACAGUGAGGCUUUUUUUAAAGUUAAUGUUUUGUCCCAUAAGAUCAAUUGUCUAAAUAGUUUGUACCUUUAGAACAAAUGUACUUCUUUUCUAAAAGUCCUUUUUUUGUUGUUUUAAUGCAUUGUUCCAAUAUUUAUCUGAUUUGUAAUAUUGACAAUUGGUAAAAGAAAGUGAAAUCACUUUUUCAUUUGUAUUUUCCGACUAAAUCAUUUUGCAUUCCACUAUUGCAAUGUUAAGCAUUAGUGGGUGUAGCAAAUCCAUGGUGGAAAAUUGCAAGAUGUUAUGUAAUAAAUUACAUAAAAUAUUUAGUUCCACCCUUUUUGCUUGUAUGAUAUCCAGAUGUGUGUAUGAUAAUUUUGUCCACUAUAUUUGAAUUUGAAAUUGAAUAAUUUUUUGUUACAUUGGGGGGGGUUGAAACAUUUUUAAUUCUAUUUGGAAUUUUAAAUAAAAACAAUAAAUAUUUGGA